GAGAAGAGAGCCACCGACACGCAGCCCUCCGGCAAAGCCCCCAUCGCAGCUCCAGCGCACCACACGGCAGGCAUGGCUAAAACCGCAAUCGCUUACAAAGAGAAGAUGAAGGAGAUCUCAGUUCUCUCGCUCAUCUGCUCCUGCCUCUACCCCGAGACUCGCAAGAACCUCAUGGGAGAAUUCGAAGACAUGGACAUCAAGCCCAUUAACAAGCGGGCCUCAGGCCAGGCCUUUGAGGUGAUCCUGAAGCCCCCCUCCCCCGUGUCGGAUGUGGCCCACUGCAUCACCAGCCCCCCCAAGAAGGACAUCUCCCUGGAGGACAUCCAGAAGAAGCUGGAGGCAGCUGAGGACCGGAGGAGAUCCCAGGAGGCCCAGGUGCUUCGUGCGCUGGCGGAGAAGCGCGACCACGAGCGUGACGUGCUGAUGAAGGCCAUGGAGGAGAACAGCAACUUCAGCCGCAUGGCUGAGGAGAAGCUCCAGCUGAAGAUGGAGCAGAUCCAGGAGAACCGGCUGGCCUACCUGGCCUCCAUCAUGGAGCGCCUGCAGGAGAGGGAGAGGCAUGCUCAGGAGGUGCGCAGAAACAAGGAGCUGAGAGAAGAGGUGACAGCGUGAGCAGCACUGACCGGUUUUACCCCUCCACCCCCAGCCCCAGCCCCUCCACACCCCCACCCCCUUCCCUUUCCUAACCCCCCCUCCCCCAGCUCCGCCGCCAUACCCCCCCUCCCCCCAUACUAG